AGAAGAUAAGGAGAUUGAGAGGAGGGGCUUGGCGAGUUUGGGAGUGUACUUUCAACGCUGCAGAGCAAAUUAAUAGGAGAUUAGGCAGAGAGGGCGCGGUCCCUGCGUCCCGCCCGCCGGCGCCGUGCAAGUCACCGCAGCGCCCGCGCCACCCGCCUGCUGGGACAAGUUUGCUGCUACUCCUGCUCGAAUUCACGCUGCUGAACGUUUGCUUUUCAAGCGAUUGCUUCUGAAAGGGAGCUGUGUUCCUGCAUCCUUGUAGAUUCCAGACCAAAAUUGAAAAAAUGGUUGACCUUACCCAGCUAAUGGAAAAUGAAGUAUUCAUGGCCUUUGCCUCCUAUGCAGCGAUCAUUCUUUUAAAAAUGAUGUUCAUGAGUUCUGCAACUGCAUUCUAUAGAAUGACAAGAAAGGUUUUUGCCAACCCAGAAGACUGUACAGGCUUUGGCAAGGGAGAAAUUGCCAAGAAGUAUCUUCGGACAGAUGACAGAGUGGAACGUAUACGAAGAGCCCACCUGAAUGACAUUGAAAAUAUUGUGCCAUUUCUUGGUAUUGGCAUUCUGUAUACCUUGAGUGGUCCAGAUGUCUCUACAGCCGUCACGCACUUCAGAAUCUUUCUUGGAGCACGGAUCUACCAUACAAUUGCGUAUUUGACACCCCUUCCCCAGCCGAAUCGUGCUUUGGCUUUUUUGGUCGGAUAUGGAGUUACUUUGUCAAUGGCUUACAGGUUGCUGAAGAAGAUAUUGUACCUGUAAGGGAUAAUCAUCCAACUCAUCAUCCAAUUAUCUUCCAAGAAUUCUGUACUUCCAAUUUCUAAGGAAUACAUCUUUAGACUUUAACUGGGAGGGGAGCAGAGAAAUAAAGAAUUGGGGAAAACCUAUUUUGAAUAUUAAUAUUACCAGUAUCCUUUAUUCUUGUUUGAUAUUUACACUAGAAAUCUAAUGUAAUUCUUCAGUCUUUUGUCUUAUUCUUAAAGUAUUGUGUUGUAAAUUUUGAUUAUAAUUUGCAACAUUCAUUCAGCCUUUCAUAUUUUAAAUCCAUAAAAAGAGUGAUUGUGUAUAUGAUAAACCUAUAUUUCAGUCUUGCUGAAAUGGGCAUAUGAAAUAAAGAAUUUAAAGAAUAGUUUUAUUUGGUUUUAAUUUUCACAACUUUUAUUUUCAAAAGUUUCAAACCUACAGAAAAGUGAAAAAGUAUGAACCUCUAUCUAUCUUUUACCUAGAUUUACUAAUUGCUAACAUUUUGCUGUGUUUCCUUUAGCUCUAUCACUUAAUGUUUUUUCUGGACAAUUUAAAAGUACAUUACAGAUAUCAUGAUACUUCACUCCUAAAUACUUUGACAUGUACCUCCUAUGAACAAGACAGUCUCCAAAUAACCACAAAUAACCACCGUUACCACACCCAAGAAUUUUAACAUUAAUACAAUAAUAUUAUUUAAUAUAUAUAUAGUUCAUAUUUAAAUUCCCCCAAUUUUUCAAUAAUGUCCUUUAUAACUGUUUUAUUUUUGAUCCAAGAAUCAAACAAGGACCACGCACUGCGUUUUGUUAUCAUUUCUAUUUAGUUUUCAAUAAAAUGGAAGAGUUCUUUCACUUUCUUCCUUUUGUUUUUGUCUUUUGUGACAUUGACAUUUUUUGAAGUGUAUAGGCUGAUUGUUUUACAGAAUGACCCUUAAUCUGGAUUUGUUUUAUUUAUUAUUUUUUCAUUCUUAGAUUCAGAUUAGACAUUUUCAGUGAUGUUGUGUCCUUCACAUUACAACACAUUAAUAGGCAUGUGAUGUCAACUUGUCCCAUUAUUGGUGAUGUUAAAUGUGAUCAAUUUAGUAUCAACCAGAUUUGUCCAUUGUAAAGGUAUCUUUUUAUCUUUGUAAUCUUAUAUGGAGUGCUAAAUUGAGACUGUGAAAAUCCUGUUCUCCUACAAACUUUCAUCCAAUGGGUUUAGCAUCAAAUGAUGCUCAGUUUUGUUUCUACAUAAAAAUAUAUAAACAUAAAAAUGUGUAAAAUGUAUAUAAGUAUACAGACCUAUGAAUGCUUAUUAAAUCCACAUGAAUUUAGAUUUUUUUGUCUUAAAUAGAAUUAUAUGUACUUAAAUCUUUAUAAUAAAGGAUGAACUUUUAAAAUAUCAA